CAGUUAGUUGUAAAAACAAGGCCCAUGUAAGUAUAGUUGUUGCUCUAGUGCUUGUACGAAUUCGCCUUGUGUGUAGCUGUUAUUAAGUAUCAAAAUUCAAAUUAGCUGCUCUACCGAUACCACCUUGUAUAGAUUCGCCUUAGCUACACAUUUGCCUGUUUAGAGUGCAACAGUGUGAGAAAAGAACGCGAAAAUUGAACACAUCUGGCGCAGGGCGGAAUAAAUACAACAUUAUUACGAGAAAAGAAAACAUCUUUAAAUACACAGCAUAAAUUUUAUAUUUUUGAAGUUCUCACAAAGUAAAGAAAUGGAGCAGUUAUCAAACGAAAACCCGCACAUUAAACAAAUAACAAUGUGGUCAGACAGGGAGACGCGCCUUUUGCUCGACAGGUACGAUAGCUACAGCCCUGAAAUUGGGCCGAUGGGAAAGAUUCGAAAUAAAAAGGAAAUGUGGCAAAUGAUUUCCGAAGAAAUAGAGGGAAGAACAGCGAAACAAUGUGAGGAGAGAUUUAAAACUGUCAUGAAAAAAAGAAAAACGGCGCACCGGAAAAAUAAGCACACAUCAAGAGAAAAGAGGCAAAGGGUUGAUAACGAACAGGAGGUGUACAUGAGCACAUUGGAGAUGGAGAAAGAAGUAGAUAAAAAGAAAACGUUACAGGAGACGCUGCUCGAAAUUGCCCAAAGAAAAGAAGAAGCGAGGGAGCGGCGACAUAGAGAGAAGAUGGAGUCGCUCAAUAACAUACACCAGCUACUCACGAAUUUGUUGUAUACCAGUUGAAAUUAAUCACAAACGAGUUAUUAUGACGAUAGUCAUAUUGUAGACGAAAACCAACCACCAAAGCCAAAAACUUAGUACUUUAAAUUAAAAAGAUAUGUAUGUUAAAUUUU